UUGCGUGGUUUCCAAAUAGUGAUAGAUGAUAUCGUGGACGACACGCAAAUACGACGCGGCUCGCCCUGCUGGUUUAAGAAAGACAACAUUGGACUCAAUGCUAUCCACGACGGCACCCUCUUAGAAAACAGUCUGUACUCCAUAUUGAGAAAAUAUUUCUCAUCCUACAACUGUUACGUGCCCAUGGUUGAACUUUUCCAUGAUGUGACCUUAAAGACCGCAAUGGGCAAGUCCCUGGAUGGGAUCAUCAAAAAUCAGGGCAAACCGAACUUGGACAAGUUCACCAUGAAGAAUUAUAACUUAAUGAUGAAAUACAAGACCGGAUACUACACCUUCCACUUGCCCGUGGCAUUGGCAAUGUAUUUUGCCGAUAUGUACGAUCCAGAACAACACCGCCAAGCCAAAACUAUCUUACUGGAAAUGGGACAAUUUUUCCAAAUUCAGAAAGACUUCUUAGAUUGUUUUGGUGGUGGCGUAUCAGGACAAGUUGGUAAGGACAUCAAAGUAGGUAGAUGUUCAUGGCUAGCAGUGGUAGCCUUGCAAAGAGCCAAUGCUGCCCAAAGAAAAUUGAUGGAGGAGUAUUACGGAAGGCCAGAGGACAAAUCUGUACAAAUAAUCAGAAGUUUGUAUGAAGAGCUGAAUCUGCCAAGUACCUAUGUAGCAUAUGAGGAAGAAAGCUUUAAUAUAAUCCACACCCACAUCCAGCAGAUCUCAAAGGGUCUGCCUCACGAGUUGUUCUUUACUAUUAUGGAGAAGUUGUAUAGAAUUCGUGAAUUUGAUUAUUAGAUUUCGUCCUAAGUAUUUUAAGUAAAUAAAAUUAUAUUAAGUUGUGAAUUAUAAGUACAUAUGUGGGAUGUAUGUAUGUCACAGCUAACCAAAAAAAAAAAAAAAUUAAUAAGUUGUGUGAUAUUUUCUGCACCUGCUGUAACAACUUUGAAACCAGUGGGCAGUGGUAGAGAUGAGUGUGUAAAUAUUAUAUUAAUAUGUAAUUAGGCUUUACUACAUAUUAGUGCACUAAAUGUUUCAUUUUAAUCAAGAGUAAAGCCGAGUGUUUUUUAUACUUUGGUAAAUUUUCUUACCUCUUUUUAUUGAAUAUUGCUAUUGUUUAUAAUAAACUGUAAUAAAAAAUA